AAGGCUUUAAAGUUAAUACAAAUCGGAGCAGUCCCACAGUGGCCACCAUACCCUUCCUGGUCAGCUUUUACUUUCACUUUCUGUUUCACUGCCUGAGUCGCUCUUCUCUGGAGAUGCAUCUGGCAUGGAUUGUAUUGCUGCUAUCUUUAUAUCUGUCUGGUGUAACCGCUGAUGGCCAGGAUAAUGAAUGGGUUGACCCCUCUGACAUGUUGUUUUAUGACGCGGCUACAAAGAAAAUGAGAAUUCCCAAAAAGUUGAUUGAGAGCAAUACUAUAUUAAAACAACAUUUUAAAGGAAUCUUACAUCAUGCCAAGCAAUUAUCCCUGCCUAAUAGUCAUCAAGAUGAAGAACAACAUUAUGAUGCUGAAAUCAUCCUAACGAGGCAAAUGAUAACAGAGAUGAAUAAGAUUAUUAAUGAUGAAGACUGGAAUCCAAUGAUGAUUGAAACAUUUUUGCAAAAUAUUGUUUUUCGAAUGAAGUACCACGACAAGUAUAAUUGGGAGAUGCGAUUUAAGGAUAUCUUUUUCAUGGAUGUUGAAAAUGCAUUUAUGGUUGUGCUCUUUAUACUGACUGUGAUUGGGCUUAUAGACUUGUGGAUACAAAUGCCUUGGAUAGGUCAGUUCACCUGUGUGCUCUUCCUCCUGGCCUAUGUUUUGCAAUGGUUUUUUGAUUAUGAGAUUGUUUUUACUAUAAAAAAGAAGGAAUUGGAACAGCAAGAUACCAAGAGUAUUAAUUUACUUUUCAUUCUCACAAUUGGGGCUUUGUUAAUGUUAUGUGUCCCCUGGUUUGUAUGGUUUGUAAAAACACAAAGAUUCCAACAGCACUUUCCAAGGGGUGGUGAAGGGAAUGGCGCUGAACUGCACAGAAACGAAGAGCAUAUUCCGAUGGGUGGCGAAGGGAACGGCGUUGAAGUGCCUGGUGAUCCCACCGUUAGACUGGAGGAAUCAAUAACAUGCCUAUCUGUGGAGGAGACAAAUAUACAAACCUUUCACCAGUCUGAUGUUCAAGAGGCUAAACCUAAAGCUACAAAGCACAGUGUCUCUAGUAACUCAGAUCAUAAAAAUACAACAUUAUAUUGCAAAGACACAAAAUAUGACAGAAAGCCACUAAAAGGAAAGAAAACAAUAUCCACACUGACUCCUAAAACUGAGGACGAAAGUCAUUUUCCACCAGAUGCAUCUUUGCCAGCCAAUACACAGGAUAAUAUCUCAUUCCAGGAACUGUUAGAUGAAGGGGUCGAUCAGUCUGUGCAGAACCGUGACAGGAGUCUUUUGGACAGUAAUGAAAGUACAAGCUCAGGAACUCCUCAGAGUGAAUCUCUUAGCUUUGUUCCUUUUCCAGAACCAGCUCAACGUGUAGAAGCCUCUCAUUGUGAUGAUGGACCUUCUGUCAGCUUUGUGCUCCUCUGAAAAAUAUGUAGUUGUGACUGAGCCUGAAGAGACUUUAUUGCCAGAAACACAAGACUUAAAAUCUUCUCAGAACCCUGACAAUGCUAUCAGCAUUAACCCAGAAGAAUCAUAGACACAGUAGGGAGAUCACCAGUCACCUCCGUGGUCAUUUUAGAAAAUUGUGGCUGUGGCCAAGUCUGAAGAUUGUUUAAAUUCAUGGUUAAUGUCAUUCAAAACAUUUUAAGUUGGCUCCAAGAGCAAUGUGCAGCAUUUCUACACUCUUUUCCAUGUAUUGCUGGAAUCUUUUGUGAUCCAGAUGACACGCAAAGACACAGACAGUAGAUCACGCUUCUUCCCGGCUCAGUAAUAGAAGUACAGCUGUGUUGGCAACACAUGAUUGUGAAAGUUAAACGCAUUCCAUGUGGCUUUAGAAAGAUAUUUUUAUAAUAAUAGCAUCUAGCAGAAUAGUUACCUUUUCACUGUGAGUUCUCUAAUAAGGACAAAAUCCUUUUGAAAUCCUUCAAUAAUGUUAUAAAUGUCUUUUGUACAUUUAAAGGACCAGUAACACCAUUUAGACACCCAAGCCCCAAUCAAUAAACUUACAGUUUUUACUUGAAAU